AUGGAUAUGCAUGCCAACACCUCUUCCUCCGUGAAUCUCUCCACCACACCUCCCAACCUAUCCUCCCACAACUCCUCUCUCCAUCCCUUCCUCAGCAGCUGCUUCAACUCCCUGUCCGGCUGGCCCAUCUUCACUACUUUCACCAUUACCAACAUCCUCCUUCUCCUCCCUCUCUCCAUCUUCAUCCUCUACCUCGGUAUCAAGCAGUGGCGAAAACAGCGUGGCAGAGAAAGCAUGAAUCCUAUCGAUGUCUUCACCUACCACAUGGUCGGGAUGGAGCUAAUAGGCAUCUGCGGGUCUGUCAGUUGCUGUUGUGGCGCCUUUAUCGAUCACGGGGCACUGAUGUGGGUGGGCUGUAAUGCAUUCGCCAUCAACUCGUGUAUAAAAAUGUCCUUCCAUGUCCUCACCUGUGUAGAGCGCUAUGUGGCAGUUGUUCACCCCAUCACCUACAUGACCCUGAGUAAAUCAGGUGGGGUCAUGUUCAGAAACAUCAGCAUUGCUUGUGUUUGGAUAGUCUGUGCCGGACUGAUAGCUCUAAGACUUCUCCUCAAUCAAAACUUCACCAUGAUCCUGUUUUUCUGCAACUUGGUUUUCUCUUUGAUCGUCAUCUCCUUCUGCAGCCUAUCUGUCCUCCGUGUUCUAAUACGUCCAGGACCAGCAGCUGAAGGCCGGCAACAGGGGAAGGCUGACAAAUCAAAGCAAAGGGCUUUCAUCACAAUUACCGCCAUAAUGGCGGUGCUGCUGGUGAGGUUCGGAGGGAAUCUAGUUUGCAUGGCUUUGGCUAACUCAUCUGUGUUGAGUGUCAGUGCAAGCUGUGUGGUCAGGAUGAUGGGGAUCUGGUUCUGCCUCCCCAGCAGUUAUGUGCUACCGCUUCUGUUUCUUCACAGAGCUGAAAAACUUGUGUGCUUGAAAUACAAAUCUGAUUCCUCGUGA